AUGCCAUUCCUUUACAAGACUGCCCUUGUCACAGGCGCCACUUCCGGCAUAGGGCGCGCCCUGACCGAACGUCUGGUCAACCAUGGCGUCUUCGUUAUCGCCGCCGGCCGACGUAAGGAUCGCUUGGAUGAACUUGUGAAGAAGCACGGCAAAGGCAAGGUUGCCGCUGAGGCCGUCGACGUGAGCAACCUAGCAGCAUUGUCUUCAUGGGCUGAGAAACUGAUAACCACAUAUCCUGCCCUGGAUGCCGUUUUUCUCAAUGCUGGCGUGCAGCACAUCUUUGAUGUUACGUCCCCUACUGCUUCCUCAUCUGACAGUCUAUCUCGCCUUACUGACGAAGUCACGCUCAACUAUCUAUCACCAUUACACACCACCCUACUACUCCUCCCUCAUCUGCGCUCAUUAGCCGCCAAAGGCACUCCUACAGCUGUCAUCCUAACUUCCUCUGGCCUGGCACUUGUCCCUAUGCACCUUUACCCCAACUACUGCGCUUCCAAGGCUGCUAUUCACUCGCUCGCCUGGCAGAUCAGAACCCAGCUUGCGCUGGAGGCGGAAAAGACGAAGGAGACCAAUCCGGAAGCGACCUCUGUUCGCAUCAUUGACAUUAUUCCGCCCGCAGUACAGACCGAGCUAGGCAACACAUCUGGGGCUGCCCCGUUCGGUGUCCCUUUAGACCAGUAUAUUGAAGAAUUGUGGUCAGAUCUCGAAAAGGGCGUGGACUAUGAGAUUCUCGCAGGACAUAGGGAUGAGUUCCGCCAUAUAGAAGAUGAGAGGAAGAAAGUAUAUGCCCAGAUUGUAGAGUACACUAAGCACAUGUCUGUAGACCAUUAG